AGAAAGCGCCACCUUCGAUCACCCGGCCGAGACAGGUCCGGGCCUCACAGCUGAGCUGGGGCAGCCCAGGCGGGCCCGACACGGCAAUGCUGCCUGUCCGCGGGCCCCGAUACCCAUCGCACCGUCCUCCCGUGCCGUCACAGGCAGGAUUCACCGUGGAACACCUUCCACGGAAUUCACUACCGGGGGCACUCCCGCGUCCCCGUUCCAGCCUCCGCCCCCGCCGGUCCCAGGCCGGGGCGGGCCCUGCCGCCGCUUCCUCCGCGGGGCCGCUGCCUGCCGGGGCUCGCCAUGGGGCAGUGCCUGCCCUGCAUGGGGGACCCCGUCAAGGACGUGGUGGAGACGCCGGACCCGGAAAUAAAAAGAAGACAACUAGCAGAAGCUGCUGAAAAGAGGCAGAUGGAGGCUUCCUCUCGAGGUAUUAAGAAUGUGCAGUCUGUAGAGCAGAAGAAAAAGAAACAGGAGGAAAUAGAAAGAAGAAUGGCAGCUUCACGUCCUGGAGGAGAAGGAGGACUGAGAUGGCAGGUUGGAUAACAACACAGGACUUGUGAGGAGAAGAUGUUUGAUGUUUACUGCCAGUAACUGUCAGUUUCUGCAGCCCGGUGGCACUUACUCAUCAUGUGGCUUUUGCUGUUUACCUCUGAAGACUCAGCAGUACCUUGCCAUUGUGGGACAAUGGAUGUGGAAGCAGUCACAAAGAAACUUAAGAACUAAUUCUGAACACUAUGGUUUUGCCAGUUUCGUUUGUUUGUUUUCCAUGCAUGUUUUAUUGCUUCCGUGCCAAGACUUCCUGUCAGCUGGAAGUGGCCUCAUGUGUAGUCAGCCAAAAUGUGUGUACUGUCUGGUCAGUUGAUGUCUGUCUGUCUGUCUGUGUAUGACUGACCUGAGCAAGCUCAGGUGCCCACCUGUUGGUUUUGAUGCUUAUUUCAAGCUCCACAAUUAAGCUUUUCUUCAAGUCCUCAUGUAGAAAGUUUUUUCACCUAUGUAUGUAUUUGAACAUGUGGAUGACAGCAUUUUUCUGUUUCCUAAUGACUUGCACUGCUUAGGAAUUUAGUGCCUUUUUGAAAAGAGAAAAAGUAGAGUCAUGGCAGGUCCGUACAAAUGGGAUAAUUUUGUCGCUAGUAAAAGAAGAAAUAGAAACCUUUAUAAAUCCUCUGUACUUAGAUCAAGAAUGCCAUUUUAUUAUGCGUAUAAUAAUUGUUCUUGUUUUCUCAUGUGGGUUUCUUUUGAGUCUGUAAGUAUUUAUAAUGAAUACUGAGAGUUAAAACAUUAAAUUAAAAAUCCUGUUAUUAGUUGUAUUAAUUUCUUUCCACAAGAGGGCAGUGCUAACCUCAGGAUUUUGAAAAACGAACAGGAAAACAGUUACUAUGUCAUCACUUUGCAAGUUCAUUUCCAACAGUUUGUGUUAUCUAUUUAGGGUUACUUAGAGUGUAAAAACAUUUUCUUUUCCCCAGAGAGCAUUAUGCACAUUGUGCAUGGGCUCAGUACUGCAAUUGCUGCAUUUCUGACCUACUCAAGAUAGAGAGGCUUUUCACCACCCCUUGAACUAUGUAUUUUGUCUUUCACAUCUCAGUACUGCCCAGUGCUGUCCUGAGAGUGCAGUCUCGACACAGUUUCCUGGCUUAGCCUUCAGAAUUGAGGUGAGAAGGGAGAAUUUGGAUAUUAACAUAAUGGUGUUUGGGCUGAAAAAAAGCUGUAUCCUUGGCUGAAGCCUGCCUUCAGUUUCCUUUGCAAUUGCUCUCUUCAGUGUAUUAACUGUUCAUAAUAAUUCUUUUAAAGUCUAGUGAAAAUGCAGAUUAUAAAAAGGUAUCUCAGACAUUAAUUUGAAAUGAGAAUUUCAGUCUAGCACCAGAGUAGGUGUCCUACGAGACACUUAAGCAGCACUUUGUUGGUCACUUGGGGUAUUUAAAACUUUAAACAUUUUUCUCUUCAUUUUCUGUCAUAUGUUCCUUUGAAACUGCAACUGUCUCUUGUCAUCCAAGCUUCUGCUUGCAUUAGUGCCAUGAACACUUUCAUUUAAAGGCAUUGAAAGAACCUAGAGAAACCAUCACAUUCUUCUCUCUCUGCAUCCUGUAUGUGAAAGCCAGAGCUGUCUGUGUGUGUUUUUAAGAGACCUGGUUUUGAAUGUUGGAUUUAUUCUAUGGCUAAGGAACCACAUCAGAGGAUGUGGGAGUGUGUGGUUCUAGAUUAUAAAUCACCCACAAAGCUGUUUCAAAAGAUGUUCCUAUACCAUACAUAUCCAAUUGCCCAAAUGGCCAGGCUUAGCUGAGUGGGAAUUAUUUGAGUAAAUAAAGCCCCUUACUGUUG